UUUUACAAGUAACUUUUUUUUUUUUUUUGGGGGUUUGAUAUUUAUGAAUAUGCAAGUCCAUUUAAACUGAUUUUUAUGGUUCAUACAGUAUCUCCUCAUGUCGCGGGCCACUGAAUGUGGACAGUGUAGUGGAAGAGGGAGUGGUGUCGAGCUGGGGGGGGAGGGUGUAAUUAGUCUGGAGAGAGGAAGGAGGGGAGGGUCCGUAAGGGGCCCUCAAAUACACCCGCGCUUGGCCACACUUUCACGCCGGACGUCCGCGUGUCGAGCACCGCUGCCGAUCUUCCCUACCUCCUCACCCGAGCCUCCGAACGCGCGCUCUGGCUCCACCCAGACCGCGCGACGCCGCAGCAGCAUUUUACAGCUGGACGUGCACCCCCAAAAAGAAACAAAAACAAACUCGGAGCUAACUUUCUCCCAAUACCCCCAACCCCACCCCUGCCUCGGUUAUUAGACGUCUUGCCGCGAGGGCGCGCAGUCAAGGAAAAAAAAAAAAUUGAUUCGGACCACCUCUCGCCGGCCUCGGAGGCAAAGAAAAGUCCACUCGAGUCCCCCCUCAACCGGAACCGCGCACUUUAACAGCGAUGGAGUACCUCAGGUUUUGCACUGUGUUUUGUUUCUGGAUGACGUGUGCAAACGCGGUCGUGUCCACUGACAAACCUCGGGGUCCCGCGUCCAUUCCUCCUGAAAACUUGCUCGUGCUAACCGUGGCCACAGAAGAAACCGACGGCUUCCGCCGCUUUAUGCAAUCUGCAAAGUAUUUCAACUACACUGUGAAGGUGUUGGGAAUGGGGGAAGAAUGGAAGGGCGGCGACGUCGGCCGCUCAAUCGGCGGCGGGCAAAAAGUCAGACUACUGAAAGAGGCCAUGGAGGGUCUUGCUGACCAGGACGACCUUGUGGUCCUCUUCGUGGACAGCUACGAUCUUAUCUUCGCCGGAGGACCAGAGGAGAUUCUCAGGAAGUUCCAACAGGCCAACCACAAGGUCCUUUUCGCCGCAGAAGGGCUGAUCUGGCCAGAUAAGCGACUGGCCGACAAAUAUCCCUCGAUCCGCAGCGGCAAGCGGUACCUCAACUCGGGAGGGAUCAUGGGAUAUGCGCCAUACGUAAAGCGAAUCGUUUCGCAGUGGAACCUUCACGACAAUGACGACGACCAGCUCUUCUACACGAAAAUAUUUGUGGAUCCACUACAAAGAGACUCUCUCAACAUGACGCUGGACCACAAGUGCCAGAUUUUCCAGAACCUGAAUGGCGCAAUUGACGAAGUGCUUCUCAAAUUCGGAACCAACCGGGUGAGGGUUAGAAACACAGCGUACGACUCUCUGCCGGUGGUUGUCCACGGCAACGGGAAUACCAAAAUGUACUUGAACUACUUGGGCAACUACGUUCCCAACACGUGGAACUACGAGCACGGCUGCAGCCACUGCGACGACGAUGUCGUGGAUAUGUCUCAGUUGAAAGAGCAUCCAAACGUUUUGGUCGGCGUCUUCAUCGAGCACCCGACGCCUUUCCUCCCCGAGUUCUUCCAACGUUUGAUGAGAUUGGAUUACCCCAAGGAAAAACUCGAGGUUUUCGUCCACAACAAUGAGGUUUACCACGAGAAGCACAUGCAGAGGUUUUGGGAGGAACACAGGAACGUGUUCGGCAGCUUGAAGGUCGUCGGACCGGAGGAAAACCUCAGCCAAGGAGAGGCCAGAAACAUGGCAUGUAUGGAUCUUUGCCGCCAGGAUGCCGCGUGCGACUUCUACUUCAGCAUUGACUCAGACGUGAUGCUCACCAACACACAGACUCUGAAGCUCCUCAUUGAGCAGAACAGGAAAAUAAUCGGGCCUCUCGUGACUCGCCACAACAAGCUGUGGUCCAACUUCUGGGGAGCGUUGAGUCUGGAUGGUUAUUACGCCCGAUCGGAAGAUUACGUCGAUAUCGUGCAGAGGAAACGAGUAGGCGUGUGGAACAUUCCUUACAUGGCGCACGUCUACCUGGUCCGCGGCGACGUUUUGAGGACGGAGUUGAAGGAAAGGAACUACUUUGUUCUUGAGAAACUGGACCCCGAUAUGGCUUUGUGUAAACACACCAGAGAGCUGACCAGUCACAGAGAAAAAGAGUCCCCUUCUCCGGAAUCAUUCCAUAUGCUCAGGCCCCCAAAGGGAGUCUUCAUGUACUUAACAAACCGCCACGACUUUGGAAGGCUCAUUUCCGCAGCCAAUUAUAACACUUCUCAUUAUAACAGUGACUUGUGGCAGAUAUUCGAAAACCCCCUGGACUGGAAGGAGAAGUACAUUGAUCCCAACUAUAUGAAAAUCUUCACUGAAAACUACUUGGAAGAGCCUUGUCCAGAUGUGUUUUGGUUCCCGGUCUUCACAGAAAAGGCCUGCGAUGAACUGGUGGAGGAGAUGGAGAACCACGGCUCGUGGUCCGGUGGCAAACAUGAGGACAAGAGGAUCGCCGGCGGCUACGAGACGGUCCCGACGGACGACAUCCACAUGAAGCAAAUCGGGUUCGACAAGGAGUGGCUUCACUUCAUCCGAGAGUUCAUCGCGCCCGUCACGCUGAAAGUUUUCUCUGGAUACUACACAAAGGGUUACGCGGUCAUGAACUUUGUAGUCAAAUACACUCCUGAGAGGCAAGCAUACCUGAGGCCCCACCAUGACACCUCCACCUUCACUAUCAAUAUCGCCCUUAACAACAAAGACAUAGACUUUCAGGGCGGCGGCUGCCGUUUCCAUCGCUACAACUGCUCCAUAGAGUCGCCCAGGAAAGGCUGGAGCUUCAUGCACCCAGGACGACUGACCCAUCUCCACGAAGGACUCCCCACCACCAACGGCACACGCUACAUCGCGGUGUCCUUCAUCGACCCCUGAAAAACAAAACAAACCCCCGCCCCCUGGAAAAAAACUUGUCUAAUUCCACUGUAAUUGAAACUUUUGACUCAUCUCAGCCUCUCGUCUUUGUUUUGUCUGGUUUUGUGCCCCGAUGUUUGGUAGUUCUACGUUUUCAAAGCGAUUUGCUUUGAAAAGAUGAGCGGUUGCAUUAAGCGAAUCUCUGUCAGACAGAGUGUUGACUGGAAAUGAGCGGUGGUAAAUUCUCACGUUUAGGUACACAAAGCAGAAAGGCAUCUUUGCUAGCUGGGUACACGUACUCCAGUUACUACAAACAAGAUACUUCCGUGGUGUAUUUAGUGAGCGAGCCCAUCAUGAUUUUCCAAAAUGUUGUCAAUUUGGCUUUUAGCUGUAUCAUGCUAGCUAUUUUUUUUCCGUCAACUGGUGCUAAUCAUCAUUCCGUCUUUUCAGACAGAAUUAAAUAGUGGAUAGAAGUGAGUUUGUGGUUUAAUUUAAAAAAAAAAAAAAAAGUAUUUUUGCAUUUUGCACGGCAGACUGAAAAAAAAAAAAAAACAGGUCAGCAAAACCCGCGGUGCGUUUUCUUUGAACGGAGUCUGUUACUUGAAGGUUUGUCACUCGCCUCUUUGAACACCGACGUGCAUCGUCAAUUCCUGAAACCGAAAUCUAGGAAAAAAAAAAAAAAAAAAGUCCUUGUGUGAAUGAAUUU